ACUAAUAAUAGACCCGUCCUUGUCAAGCAGCUAUGGGCAGUCAAGUUAUGAAUAAUGUUUUGAUGAUAGAAUGACUAAAUUACUCCGUCAAAUUAUGAGUUUGAACUUGGUACUGUUCCCGUUGGUAGUUUUCAGGACUAGAUCUGUCGAUAGCGAUCGAAUUCGAUAAAUAGCAACAAGGAAUUUAUACUGUCCUCCCUGUCGUCUGACUUGUUUGUGUUGUGAAGUGACUGAGUUGUGAGACUUAGCUCUGGUGUGGCAUGAGAGCGUCCAACAUGACCGGUGCGCGGAAGCAACGAGCGAGGAUGGAAUUGGCGUUGCUUUAUGGUGUUUCAUGUAUCCUGAUCAUUACAGGAUCAGCAGAUGCACUGUGUAAUGCUUGCAACUGCACGGCUCUUGGGAACUCAACUAGAGAAACAAUCAAAGCAGACAACGACUCGAAUGGUGAUACAUGUUCAUGUACAAUCACAUGUUCUGCAGGUUUCCAACGAAAUAGCGUCAGUUACAUUGCAAUGUGUGUGGAACAGGAAUGGGACAGAGAUGGAUCAUGUGACAUAGAAUCUUCGGUUUUCAUCGCCGCAGCUAUUAUGUUAGUCGUCAUUUUAAUCUUCGGUCUUUGCGUUAUUCUCCUGUGUAAAAGGAGUAAACGCGAACGCAAAAUGUAUAACUAUGACAUAUCCCUCGAUACAUCUGAGGUCAUAGACGGGCACCACGAAGGUGAGGUCAACAUCGGCAUGGAUGAAAUACCAUCAAGUCCACGAGUCAUUGUUAUAGAAGACCUGGACGGCACGGAUGAUGAUGAGGCAGGGAACACGACUCCGUCCGAUUCUACGGUGCCAGUGGACGUACACUCUGGUAGCGAUUUUGCACACGAGGACAUGCUUGGCGGGUACGGGGUGGUCGGGGAGGACCCCUUGACGCCAUCGGACCCGGUAGCAGGCAGCAGCACCGAGCAACUCAUCGACAAGACCCGGGAUGAACCAGACGGACAGGCGUCUCUUGACCCGUCUCCGUACGGAACCAUCGAUUACACCUUCACUCGCAACCGUGACUCAGACACGACUAUCGGCGGCAGCGUCAAAGUCAAACCGGUCACCGAGCCUCCUUCCGUACUCUCGGAAAAAUUCGCCUCCGUCCGGAAAUACGGACCAAAAGAAUCCGAGGUCGACGUCGAUGCGCUGUACGCUAAGAUCAACCGCGUGAAGCGAGCGUCGAGCCGUUGGCCACCGGGACCAAAGGACAAGAAGCCGGUACCGACUAAAGGCUGGAAUCACGUCGAUGAUGCGUGGAACGAGAGUGAGAAAUAUCCAACCGAACCAGCCACUGGGGAGAGAAUCAAUGAAGAUAUGUAUGCUGAGGUGAAUCGAGCAACUCGAGGUAAUGUCCGCUCCUCAAACCAAGACCCAUCAACCGCAACGAAAAUGCCCCCUAAAGUUGCCCCGAAGCCGAAAUCGCAGAAGGCUAAACAUUACAAACCUCCACCAGCUGGUGUUGAUGACAGCGCCCUCUAUGCCAUGGUAAACAGAUCGCGGCCCUCCUCUAAGAACAGUAUCCUUGAUAGUGCUUUUGAACUGCCCCCUCCUCCUCCUCCUCCUCCUCCUCCUCCCCCUCCUCCUCCCCCUCCUCCUCCAGGGGUUGGCGGUAUGUACGCCCAGAUCGACAAAGACCGGAACUCUAGAGAGGAUCUGGCUAAGGUUGGCGUCACCGAUGACGAUAAGGGUUGAGUAAUAAAAACGAAGUAAGUAGGGUUUUCGGUGGCACCCGUUGUACUCGUGAGUAGUGGUGCAUUUGAGAAGAGCUGGUUUGUACUGCUCUGGACACCUAACUACUCGUAUAUGAGGAUGACGUUUUGCAUUAAAGGCAGUGGACACUAUUGGUAAAUACUCAAAAUCAUUAUUAGCAUAAAACCUUAGUGACGAGUAAC